AUGCCGGUGCCCACCUGCCCGCAGCGCCCUGCCCUGAGCCCGGUGCCGGAGCCCGGCCACGCCAUGGAGGAGCCGGCCGACGGUGGGGCCGAGCCCUGGGCCGAGGGGCUGCGCAACAGCAACAACAACGCUUCCCCGGGGGGGUGGACGGGUGCCCGCGGCGGGCACCCCCUGGCACCUUUCGGUGGCCCCGGGACCGAGCCCAGCUACCUGGGGCGGGUGGUGCUGGAGAUCGUGGAGUCGGAGCGCACCUACGCCCGUGACCUGCGCAGCAUCGUGGAGGGUUACCUGGGCAAGAUCAUCGACGCGGAGGAGCCGGUGCUGCGGCCGGAGCAGGUCAGCGCGCUUUUUGGCAACAUCGAGGACAUCUACGAGCUCAGCAGCACGCUGCUGCAAAACCUGGAGAGCUGCGCCAGCGACCCCGUGGCUGUGGCCGUCUGCUUCGUCACCCGGAGCCAGGAGUUUGCCAUCUACACCCAGUACUGUAACAACUACCCCAGCUCGGUGGCGGCGCUGGCCGAGUGCAUGAGGAGCAAGCCGCAGGCUCGGUUCCUCCGCGAGUGCCAGGAGCGGCUGCGGCACGCGCUGCCCCUCGGCGCCUACCUGCUCAAGCCCGUCCAGAGGAUCCUCAAGUACCACCUGCUGCUCCAGGAGAUUGCCAAGCACUUUGAGCACAAGUCGGGGGACGACUACGAGGUGGUGCUGGAGGCCAUCGACACCAUGACCUGCGUCGCCUGGUACAUCAACGACAUGAAACGCAAGCACGAGCACGCCAUCCGCCAGCAGGAGAUCCAGUCGCUGCUGUUGGGCUGGAAGGGGCCAGACCUGACCAGCUACGGGGAGCUGGUGCUGGAGGGCACCUUCCGGGUGCAGCGGGUGCGCCACGAGCGUGCCGUCUUCCUCUUCGACAAGACCCUCCUCAUCACCAAGCGCCGCGGUGACCACUAUGUCUACAAGAGCCACAUCCCGUGCUCCUCGCUGAUGCUGAUCGAGAGCACGCGGGACUCGCUUUGCUUCAGCCUGGCUCACUACAAGCACAGCAAGCAGCAGCACAGCCUGCAGGCCAAGAGCGUGGAGGAGAAGCGUGUGUGGACCCACCACAUCAAGCGGCUCAUCCUGGAGAACCACCACGCCAUCAUCCCCCAGAAGGCCAAGGAAGCCAUCCUGGAGAUGGACUUGUUCUAUCCCCCGCGCCUGCCCCGCUGCAGCCCCGAGCACCUGAAGAAGAGCUGGUCCUGCCAGCCCCUGGGCGACACCGCCGCCGAGCCGCGCCAGGGCCGCCGGCAGUCCGAGCCCUUCCAGCGCCGGGACCGCGCGGAGACACUGCCAGACCGGCUUCACGGGCACAUGGGGCGCAGGCAGUCGGGUGCGGACGCUGGCGGGGAUUGGGGUGCUGGUGGGGUUGGGGACGGGUUGGGAGAUGCAGGGAUGAUGCCACUGUCGCCUGAUUUGGGUGCCCAACUUCUCCCCGCAGAGCCUACCAAGCAGAUCCUGCGGCAGCUGGGCGAGCAAGGACUCAAGCACGCUGGCAGCGACGGGGCUCUCCUGGAGGCAGGGGAGCCCCCCCAGCACCCCAGUGCCUGGGCGGUGCCUGAGGGCGUGGUGGAGGAGGAAGAGGAGGAAGAGGAGGAGGAGACUUUGGGCAAGGACUGCCAGGAGGAGCUGCCUGGGGUCGGGGACCUGCCGGUGGAGCCCCAGGAGGAGCAGGUCGGGGGGCACCCACCGGCGCCGGAGGGACCCAAGCGGCCAAGCAGCUGGGGGCCAGGGAGCUGCGAGAAGGUCAGUGCGGCCCCGCAGCCCCCACCCAGGGAUCCGGAGGGACCCAGCACCCACCCGCCUGCCCCUCCGCAGGCCGGCAGCGCUGGGGAGCACCCUGAGGGGCUGGGGGCACCCGAAGCCCCGUCCUCGGCGGGGACCCCGGUGCUGCCCGGCAGGGAGGGGGAGCCGGAGCGUGCUGCGGAGGAUUUGCAGGGGCUGAGCAGCGAGGAGGAGGAGGAGGAGGAAGAAGAAGAAGAAGGAGCUGCCGGCAGCAUCCUGCCGCCCUCGGUGCUGGACCAAGCCAGCGUCAUCGCCGAGCGCUUCGGUGGUGGCGGCAGCUUCUCCCGCCGCAGCAGCCUGGCGCUGGAUGGGCCGGCGGCGCGACCGGCCAGCCGUAGCGGCAGUGCCCUCAGCCUGGACGGCGGUCCCCCGCUCGAGGCCGGGGAGCCCGGGGGGUCCCGCAGCACCAUCCCCUCACCCGAACCCCUCGCCGGAGCCCGCCGGGAGUCGAUACUCUCCAGCCGGGACCGCCUGCUCCUCGACAAGAUCAAGAGCUACUACGGCCACGCUGAGCACCGGGACGCCGGCUUCAGCGUUCGCCGCCGCGAGAGCCUCUCCUUCAUCCCCAAAGGGCUGGUGCGAAGCUCCGUCUGCCGCCUCAACGGCCUCCCCCGGCCCCCGGCGAGCCCUGAGCCCCCCACCCAGCCGGCACCGGGCGGGCCCGAGGCAUCGCCGGAGGAGCCGUGCCAGGAGAAUGGGGUGCAGCCCCCCGAGCCGCUGCUCAUCCUGGAGGAGGACGACCUGGGUGCCGUGGGCGAGGGGCCGCCGGCCGGGCCACCGCCGCAGCUGCUGCUGACCCCCCCGCACGCCGGCACCAAGGUGUACCAGUUGGCGCGGCAGUACAGCCUCCGCAUCAAGAGCCGCCGCGCUGGCGCCCGUUGCGCCCCGGCGCACCCAGAGGAGGGGGACCCAUGUGCUGGCACAGUGGCUGUGCCGCGGGGCGGGGGGCCAGUACCGUCACCCUCCCCGGGUGCCCCCCGCAGCCCCCUGAGCCCCGGCGGUGCUGAGCCCUUCGCCUGGCCCGACGUGCGGGAGCUUCGCGCCCGUUUCGGUGCCCCACGGCCCCCGCCGGUGAGCCGCAGCCGCUCGGCACCUGAAGGGCCGUGCCGGGGCGGCCGGCCAGCCGAGAAGGAGCGGGGCAGUGGCCGGAGCCGGAGUGCCGAGGCAGGCGGGGGGCCCAGCACCCCCGGGCCGGUGCCGGCACGGCAUGGCAGUGACGGGGCGCUGUGGGUGGCAGCGGAGGCCCCCCUGGGUACUGGGCAGCGGGUGCUGGUGCUGGAGCGGUUGCCAGCCCCCCCUGAGCCCCCCACUUACGUGCAGAUCCGCUCGCCCACCACCCGGGAGAAGAUCUGCUUGAAGGCGGUGGUGGAGCGCUGCAAAGCCUACCAGGCAUCCGAGGAGUACCGGCGGCGCUGCCCUGAGCCCCCCGACACCCCCGAGCCCCCCGAGCCCCCUCGCCCCGGCCUCGUCAGGGACCUGCGGCAGAAAUUUCAGACCCUCGACGCCGCCAGCUAAGUGGGUGACAGGGAGAAGGGGUGUCCCGUGGACCCCCGGGAGAAGGAGCACCCCGUGGACCCCCAACCUGCCUGGGAGAAGGGGCACCGCAUGGACCUC